UUUAAUUGUAUACAAACAUAGUUAAGGUUGUCAUAGUAACAGCUUUCCAAACAACUUGCGUGGGAACAUUUGUACUGGUUGUAUUUCUAAAGGAAAAAUAGUACACUAGCCAGUAACAGCUGGUAUACUAUUCAACAUUUAUUUCACAGCUUUAUAAAUUUAGUGUCAUAUUGAACGUUUAAUAUAUAAUAAUUUUUUAUUCAGAAUAUGUUGAGUAAUGGCGAUUUUAUUAGUGGAUUUUCUCCGAAACACGAGAAAAAAGCAAAUCGAUUAAGUUUAUAUUAUUGUAAACCAGAUUUUAUUACUUCGAAUGUUGAUUCAGUACUUCACAACACUCAUUCAUGUCCAAGAGUAAUUAAAGAUAAAACAGAAAUUAUCAAUGAUGGUUUGUACGUUUCUGCAGAAGGGCCAUUAACAACUAAAGUCAUAAAACCAUAUAAACUAUUAACUAAUUAUCAGCCAAUUAUUACUCAAUCUGUUCCACAACCAUUUAAAAAACUAUUAGAUAUCGCUAUAAGAGAAGUGAAAAUUAAUGGUCCUCAAUGGAUUGAAAUAACAUCAAUAAUAAUUUUAUAUAAACAGAAAGUUAUGUGUAAAAUAUAUAGUCCUUUUAACAGAAAAAUUUAUAAAUUAUUAAUUACAAACAAUGCAGAUAAUACCAAUAAUUUCUCUAUUAAAAUUUCAACUCGUAAUGGAAGUUGUAGUAUAUUACCAUUAUUUAUUCCAGUGUCAUAUAUAGAUGGAAAAAAAUCAGAAAUUGACUUUUCUAUUAGUGAAAAUGGAAUUGUUUAUUCAGGAACAUUAUUCUGCACAAUAUCCGUAUCGAUAAAAGGGAUAGAUAGUCCAUUAAAAACUUCAAAAAGUUUAUAUAACUUGGCUAAUGAUCCCAAUAAUCCUCAAAAUAAUUUAUCAUUAUUAAAAGUUAAAAGUUCUAUAACAAGUAAUCCUGUGCAGUUUUUUUCACUUCAAGAUCCAUUUUUGGUAUUAUAUGAAGAUACACCAGAGAUAAAAAGUGUGAAACCUAGACAAGUAGAAGCUCCAAGUACUGUAGUAUUGGAGCAACCAACAUUCACUUUGAAAGAUAUAACAUUUGGUAACUUGUUUGAAGCCAAAAGACCACUGAAACCAUCAUCUGGAAUAAAUGUUCAACAAUUACAACAAGAAAUUGGACGAGAUGAAGUUCUUUCUAUUACAAUUUUGCGAGGAGUUCAACUACCAGUCAGAGAAGACUCUGGAACAAUUCAUCCUUUUGUACUGGUAACAUGGGGUGAAUUAAGCCAAGCAACAAAACCAGUUGAAGGUGCUACUCCUGUUUGGCAUCAAACUUUACACUUUGAAAUGCCUAAAGACAAUAAAGAAAUAAUUAAAUUGUCUUUAUUUGACCAACAUCCAGUUUGGGGUUACCAGUGGCUUGGAGAAACUUGGAUCCCGCUAGAAUUUCACUGUAAUUACCAAGAGUUUGAGAAAUGGGUAAAUCUUUUCCCAGUCACUAGUCCCGUCGUUCGUUUCGGAUACAAAAAUACAUCAGAUAUUUCACAUACUAGGAUUUAUAUUGUUAUAAAGCUAAAAAAAACAUUGAGCACAGAAGAAUCUGGUGAAAAAAAUUCGAUUGAUGUUUUAGCAAAGACUAUUCAGAGAUGUUUAAUCACACCCUACAAACUCGAUGGAAUUGAUGAUCCAAAUGAUGUUGGAAAUCUUGUGAUGUUAUUGAAUCCUUUACCCAAUCGUUAUGGCCCCUUAAAUCCUCGACAAGCAUUAAAGUUAAAUAAAAUUGACUACUAUGGCCGAGCAGCUUUGUUAGCUACUUUAUUACGAGGUCUUGAUAAAAGUUUACAGGUUUAUGUUAUUCUUGGCAUAUCUCAGGCAAGGAAAUGGGCAGCAUUCGUGAUGACAAUCAACGAACAGAAUAAAGAAAUUAAUAUUUGGGAUCCAGAAUAUGGAGAACAUUACAAACUGAGUGAUUCUAGAUGUUCAUUGAUUAGAGUUGUCAGAUUGAUUAAUCAUCAACAUAUAUGGAAGAAUCUUCAAAAUGUUUCCAUUCCGUCCAAUUUAAAAUUUAAUGUCAAAUCUUCUAAAGACUGGCAAUUGAUGGGAGUAAGAGCAACAACAACUUCAAUUAAUGAAGCACACCUCUUAAAACUUGAGUCUGAAUACAAUUCAGAAACUGAUGAAAUUAUUCGUGCUGAAUUUGAGAAAAAAAUCAAAGAUAAAAUAUCAAAACGACGAAGUAAAAUGGGAUUUAUUACAAUAUUUAAUCCUCACGCAGAAGAAGUUCUUCGGAAAUUUUUAACUCAGUUUUCUUCUAGAAAUGAAGUGCAAGUUGACAAUAGUGAUUUUAAUAAAUUAUAUAAAUCCUAUUAUAUUUAUGGAUUCAUUCUCAGUCUUCGUUAUACAACCAAGAAUGAGUUACUUAAUUUCUUUCUAUCUACAAAAAUUCAUGAAACAACUGGACCUGUAGAAUUCGCUUUAGUUAGUGAUAUUCAAAACCAUGUUGCUAAGAUUUCAUCAUUCUGGAUUGCAAUAGCGAUUCUUAGAAAUCGUGAUUGAAUAAAAAGCAAACAAAAUAUUAAACAUAAUAACAUUUCUUUAUUGCCUAGAAUAUUGAAAAAUAUAUAAAGUCAUAGAAAAUAAUGAAAUACCAUUAUUUUGUUUAUUAACUGAUACAUAUAAG